UAGCACACAAAUCAGCUCAGAGAAGGACAGAGGAGCACAAGAAGACAAAGACACAUACAGGGAUACAGAGCAAGACAGACCACGGCAAGGCACAAGAGAGCAGGGAUACAACAAAUGCAGGACGCAGCAAGAUGACCGAUGCCUCAGUGAUCAGAUACCACGCUCUAAGGGUGAUGGUCGGAUGGCGGCGCAGCGCUCUGGUGCGCGGCAGCUUCGUGCUCAACGUGGUGUUCGCACUGUACGUGGCGGUGCACGUAGUGGCUCCCCCUCGCCUGUUGGCCCCUCGUGCCGCCCUCACGCUUCUUCACGACAACCUCACCGCAUCCCCGGAGCCGGCAGAUUACUCUGCUGAGGGUGACCUCACUCCAGACGACCCCUCCGAGUCUCCAGCGCCGCCCACGCCUGCACCUACCUUGCAGGAGAAGGUGUAUCCUGACCUCCACACCUGCCACACGCCCACGCUGACGGCGCGCCCCGCCCUGCAUGGUAACCAUUGGGUGUUGUACAACUACGUGCCGGCCGACACCCAGCCUGCCUGCAACGAGUCCGUCACGUACACCACCCAUGCAGACUUCACCUUCCUGGACAACGUGGUGCCCCUGGUGGAGCGGUGGCGCGGCCCCGUCAGCGCUGCUGUCUUUGCUCCCGGAGGGGAUUUCAACUCCACGCUGCGCACUGUGGCCUUUCUGCGCACGUGCCGCCCUAUGGUAGCCAAGCACGUCACCUUCCACCUGUUCUUCCCGUCUGACCAUAUGCCCACGCACGUGCCGCCCACUGCCCACCUCCUCGCCCAGCGACCCUCGUGCUCGGCACCACCGCCCUUCCUGGCCGCCCACACCUACAAGCGCGCCCACAACCUCACAUACCCUGUUAACAUCGCGCGUAACAUCGCGCGGCGGGCAGCGGCCACCUACUUUGUGCUAGCGAGUGACGUGGAGCUGUACCCGUCGCUUAACUUUAUUCCUUUCUUCAUGGACAUGAUGGGGCGUCAGGACGCCUCUCGCGCCCCAGCUCCCACUCGUCGAGUGUACGUCCUGCCCAUCUUCGAGGUCAAAAGUGGGCUGCGGCCCCCGGCCACGCGAGCAGCGUUGGUGCGGAUGCUUAAGCGAGGGUCGGCCAUUCCUUUCCAUAAAUUCGUGUGUCCUCAGUGUCAUAAGGUGCCGGGAAUGAAGGAGUGGGCUGAAUCAAACGCCACCGACAGUGUGAACGUGGUAAUGGUGGCCAAAAGGCAUCCGCCCUACCAUCACUGGGAACCCAUAUACGUGGGUACCCACCUGGAGCCACUCUAUGACGAGCGGCUCACCUGGGAGGGACGCUCCGACAAGAUGACGCAGAUGUACGUGAUGUGUGUGCUGGACUACGAAUUUCACGUGCUAGACAACGCCUUCCUCGUGCACCGGCCGGGCAUCAAGAGGCACCGGAGAGACCGCCAUCGAGACCUGCUCACCGCCCGCCAAAACACCCUCCUACACAGCAAGAUCACCCCAGAGCUCCACACCAUCUACGGCAGAAGGGGCCUAUGCUAUUUGUAGCUGCCACAGAAAUGGAGUGGGUAGCGAAGACGAACCCUGCCUUCUCUCCUUCCUCCUCAGCCACCUUCCGAUGCCGGCCUUUCCUUGUCACGACCCUUUGUUAACAGUACGACCCUUGUCACCCCCUCCCUAUGACCUUAUGACCUUCACCAGCGAAUUAUUCACCUCAUCGUCAUCAUCAACAUACCCCUAACGACCCCACUCAUUUCAUUGUACCCGAGAAACGACCACAAUCACCUCAUUGCCCUCGCUAACCACAUCACUCAUCUCAUUAUACCAAAGGAGCGAUCUCAUUUACCUCAUGAUAUGCCAUUGACGACCUCACUCACUUCAUAUUGUUACGAAAAAAAUGACCAUAACCAUCGCAUUAUACUUCACUGACCACCCCACUCACUUAUUGCACCCAUUAACGACCAUACGUACCGUCACACACAUUCACAAAUCUUACGAGCGACCUCUCACUCCUCACGACGAUUCAAACAACGACCUACCCAUUUUCAGGACCUUUAAAGUGACUAAUUUCGUACGACUUCACUCUCCCUACGACUACUGCAACGAGUGAUCAUCCAGCCACAACGACCCUUCAGAACGACCCAACUCGCCUCCACGACCACCAGCAGCAUGUCCAGUGACCUCAAAUAGACGGACGAAAUUGAUGGUCGACUUCAGUUUCAUGCAGUCCCGUCUCAACUGUCGAAGUUUCUGCUCCUCGACAAUGCCAGUCUCAGGAGGCGACUUGAGGCUCUGGCUAGGUGGUGGUCGUGGUGUCAGAGAGUGUCAGGGAGUGCUGUGGAGAAAAAUGUACUAUUUGUUGAAUCAAUUUUGUUUGUUAUGUGUGUGUGUGUGUGUGUGUGUGUGUGUGUGUGUGUGUGUGUGUGUGUGUGUGUGUGUGUGUGUGUUUACGUGUUAAGAAUCAGGUACUACCACCAAAUAAAGGCUUCUCGGUCGGUACUAGGUGGACAGGGGAGGGGAGGGGAGGAGGAAGGAAGACAGUUGAGGAGCAAUGGCAGAUGAUGAUAAUAAGAAGCCAGCGAGCCGCCGCGACACCCAUGCGGUGGGUCGCGUCCAGAGACUCGCAGGUUCCGAGGCUCGAGGUCUUGUAUCAUGUCUUUCAAUACAGUUAACGAAAAAUAAGUAAACAAAUGAAUGAAGUAAAACAUAAAUAAAUAAAUAAAUAAAUAAAUAAUGAUAAUACUGAUGUUAAUAGAACAUGCAAGUACUUUUUCCAAGAACUCGUCGAUUUACUGUUUACCGUUGUUAUGAGUCUGCCUGGAGGACUGGAGGAGCGGGAGGCGCGGCACCAGCUGCGGUGGCUGGUGGGAAACGGCGGGGCCUCCUGUGGCAGGCCGUGUCCACGGGCAAGCCAAGCCCCGGCGAGGCGGAGCUCCCGCAGCCUCGGAGGGAGGUCUUGUUGAACAUUAUCACGUUUUGCUCUUGAAACUCUCGUGAACUCUACUCUCUAGUUGGACGUUUAAGGAGAAUUACUAAUCCUCUCUGAACUUUUCACGAAUUUAUCCCUUGUAGUCAAGCAUUUAAGCCCAAUUCAACUCUCAAGUAGAAAAUGUCUACUUAACAUUUUCUCAAUAUAUCCUUCCAAGAAUUUGGUUAACAUAUUCCAAUGGUGCAUACAUUCCUUUUUAUUUGGGAGCAAAAAGACUCACUGCACGACACAACGUUUGAAUCCCAAAAUGAACCAAGCGCUCCUGGUAACGAAUCAUCUUGCCGCCGUGGCUCAAUUGACGUCCCGUGCUGCACAGCGGUUUGGUAGCGGCCAGAGUAGACGCGGCCGCAGCCUGGCGCCUGGCAUGGGCCACGACCCUCGCAUGGCUCGUGUGGAAAGGAAAUGUUGAAAAAGUAAAUAAAUGAAGCGAAAAAACCUAAUUUCCAUUUUGCCCCUUUGCCAUCAGCUUUCCAUUCACUCCAGCAUUAUCCCUCCUCUUGUUGUUUACAUGAAGCUGAUCGUGCACCUUUUUAUUCAGCGUCAUAGAAAACUUAGAACGUGGUUGCUUUGUCACAGGUGAUUUUUAUAAGUGACGAAAGCAUCUCAUGAAGCUUAGGUUCCGUGUACCGUGUAGCUUAGCUGGAUGCCAUUAUAGGUGCUUUCUGUAGGACGGAACGAGGUUGCGUGGGGAAAGCUCACGACAAUGGCUGGUCCAGAUGUAAAAGAUGAUAGAUACCGUAAGUUUGUCACUGUUUGGCAUCGAAUGUAUUUUUUCUUGUUUUUUUUUCAUGUUAUAGAUCAUGAGAAUGUGACCUUUUUUUCAGUUAAUACUAGGGACAAGUGAUGUGGUGGGUAAAUAAGUAAGUAGGUGAGCAGAUGCGUAGAUGACGGGGAAGAACUAGGAUGACUUGUAGACUAUGUGUUGUACUGUAAGGGAAAAUAUGAGAAGCUAGUUUUUUAUGAUUGUAUUUGAAAAUUCUAAAGAGGAAAAUUAGUGUGCAGGAAGUGGUGUGCUCCAUGGGUGUGAGGAAUACAAUAACUACUUUAGGACGACUUGUGUAUAAUAAGGAAGGAAUUGUGGAGCUCGACAGAAGCGCUAUAUGUGCUAGAAAUGAUGCCCACUGAAAAAAAAAAAAAAACUCAUUCGUAGUUAUUAUGCAAGCGAUAAUUCAUACCUGUGUUACGUAAGUACAUUAGUUACUGACACAUGCAACGAGAAGAAUAUAUAUGCAAUCUUGCACUUCCGCUGCUGCUGCUACUACUACUACUACUACUACUACUACUACUACUACUACUACUACUACUACUCUCUCUCUCUCUCUCUCUCUCUCUCUCUCUCUCUCUCUCUCUCUCUCUCUCUCUCUCUCUCUCUCUCUCUCUUUGGUACAUUAAACUCUGGUAUUAGCUUAAGUCAAAAGAAAGCACACACACACACACACACACACACACACACACACACACACACACACACACACACACAGUAGAAUACACGUGACUCAGCUAUGAAGAAUCAGCUUCGCAUCACCGACACUCGGAGUGGUUGUACAUCUAAAGUGGGAGCUCUUGUGGUGAAAGGAAGGAAAAUGUGGUUCGAUUCUCAUUUGUUCACCUCCAUAAUGAAUCAAUGGUGCCUCACUCUCGGGUAAAUUUGUUGAUGAAAUUAUGUAACUAACCUGUAAAAAGAUCUUUGUUGACGUUGUUGAAGAAAGAUCUUGUUGGACUCUCGGCGUGGGGUGGCGGCCACGCUGCUCAUAAGGGACGCAAACUUCUAUUGAAAAAAAAAAAAAAACACCAUCGGCAUUGUCACCUUAAAGAAACAUCUUGCUCACAGUCAAACUCACUAUUCCUACGGCGGGGAUCUAUUUUUCUUUCCAAAAGGUACAAUACGAAAUUUGAUAUGGCAGCUAAAUUACCACUUUCUGCAAGCAGUGCCAGCCUUGCUGCAGUGUCGCCGCCACUCCACCGCCGCUCCACUUGUUGUUACCGGAUUCCCCUGUUACCCCUUGCGACUGAUCUGUUUAGGGAGGGACCGUAAAUAUGUCUGAUAACCUGCUUUAUCCAGUUCUUGAGUUGGCUGGAGGCACACCCGAGUUGGUGGUGUUGGACAAUGUUCUAGCGUGUUCCCAAACCUAGUGUUUGUGUCAGCAGAAAAAUAGUGAAGACACCCACACUUAGAACUUUACUCAAGCUUAUAUGACUGUAAAAUGCCCAAUAGUUUGUUUACAUCGUUCACUUAAAAUAUCUACUCUAUCAAUAUUCAAUAGUUAGGCAUAUCAAAGCAUGUUUUUUGUCGGGAGGAAAGCCAAGAAAAUAUAGAUUUUAGCCAUAGUGAGUUUAUUUUCAAAUUUUUGGUACAAUAAGGGGUCUCGUGAGUGUUCGGGGACUGACGAGCUCAAGGUGUGAGGGAGGCGGGUGAGGGGGUCGGGUCGGCUGCCAGUCCCCGUCCCGCUGAGGUGAGGCGCGGCGGCGAGGUUGCGGCCCUCUAGGCUGAGGUGUCUAGUCGGCCUCGCCACGCUCGCCGUUCUGGCCCAGUUAUCAACAUAUCCUGGUGGUGGUGUGAGGCAGGGAGUGCAGUGCGCGUGUCAGGCACAGGGUGAUUGGCAGCCGAUCCAGUGUGGAUGACUGUCGCCUUUACUGAGUGCUCAACUCCACCCACCAAAAUUGGUUCCUAGUCCCUGCUAGCAGCCCACUCCACCCACACCCACACACCCAUUAUCACCCUCACGCCCAUAUCACGCCCAUGCCUGUGGCGAACCCGCCUUCAUGCACUGACAUGUAAUUGAUUAGGCUCAAAGUGUAUGACUGUUCUGUAUAUUUACUCCGCUGUACGGAAGCCCACAGGAGCACCAUUUUGGUUGUGUCUGACGGAGGUCCUCCAGCGGCACUGCCUCUAAAGGGGACAAGUAUUGACAGGGGCGGGGGUGGAGAGCCCCAGUACAUUGACUUCUGCUGGUAUUCAGCGGCGCCGGCUACACCAGGGUUGUGGAUCAGCUGUCAGGUGUUGAAUACGCUGGCGUGGAGGCAUGCAUCACCCCGUCAUCGCCAGCACCAAGGAGCGGGCUGGUAUCUCGAUGACGUUGACUUGUCGAUGUCACGCCUGGGGCAACGAUGGCAGAGCAAGGGUCAGGCAGCACAAGGGGAGUCCUGACGGGGGUGGUGGGUCGCGCCAGUGCAGCUUCCAGUAGGCUCUCACUGGCAUGCUGUGACUGUUGCUCCACGAUGGUGGUGCGUAGUAAACAAGCUAGACAGCUGUGUCAGGGACGCUAUGCUAAGAUUAUUAGGAUCGCCGUUUGUAACAUAAAAUUAAGUCUCGUGUGCUAGGAAUGCCGCACUUAGGAAUUACCGCCUGGACUCUGUGCUAGGGAUGUUGUGUGUAGCGAGUACUGCUAGACUAUCGCUGUCUGGGGCACUACAUCGAGCAAUAAUCUUAGCAUAAGCCUCUGUAGAAGUCUUGGCCUGAAAUAAACACUAGUUUUGUAACUA